UUCAUAUCAAUGAAUUACAUUUCGUAAUAUUUAUUCUACCUCGCAACAUUGCAAUAACUGCACGAGCGCGUUUUAUUUUCCACGGUUAUUUUGAGGAAUUGGUUUAAGGCGGAAACAAGUAGAGAUUGAGCCCCCCCCCCAACCAGAGGUGUCACAUGGCUAACUAUGGCAAAGGCUGCUUCAGUUACUGCUAUCCGGAAAGCGCUUUAAUGUUUGUUUACUUCUGAACAACGACUUCUAAAAAUUAGCCAGCAACUAUUCUCGUGAAUUGCUGUACUCGCGCUUCCGUCAACGAACACCGGCAAGUUCAUUUAUACACAUAUUAUUCUGAAUUGACCAGUCAGUUUUCAUGACAUUGCGUUUAUGUCAUGGUCCGUAUUUUUUUUUCAGGCAUGUCAUUUUUAAAUCGGCGAGAACUGGAUAAUUUCACGCCUUGUUGUGGUUUUUAAGUAGUUAUUCUCUUUUGGUGCGGCGAUAAAUCACAGUUUACUUGGAUAUACGUAGUCUCUCUCCUGCACUGGACCGGAGACAGUGUACUGGGAAGUGAAGAUGCCGGUUUCAGGGGUGUAAAGUAUGUGAGUGACAAGUUUCAUUUUUUUUAAGUAUUAUUUUAUGGAAUUUAUAGUACUUUAGUGCUAUUAAAACUUAAUGCUUAUACUUUUAAUUACAUUUCCACAAUUUAAUUUUAGACCUUCAGUGUACAACAAAGUGCAUAAGUUACAAUCGCUUCAGUUUUUCAUCUUAAAACAUUUUUUAAAUGUGUUUUUCCAGUAAAGCAACAAGCCAGUCAAAUUGACGUCCUUUAAUUUUUAUUUGAUGAAAUCCACUGAAUUGGUCAGUUAUGUCGAUUUGUUCUCGCGAAGAGAUUUUUAGCAGUUAUCACAACAUAGUGGUUGACCUAAAACAAAGCUUUAAUUAUAACAUAGUGAAAAAUGGGCAAUGUAUGUUAAAUGUAAAUACGGUAGAUGAUCAGUCUAUAAACAGCUAUACCUGCAUGUACUGUAAAACAACUAUAAAACCGGAUGUUGCUGAAUGUAAAGUUUAACUAUCAGGUAUCAGUUUCACUUGUGGCAUUUAAUAGCCUUACUAAAGACUAUAAAAUCACAAUUAAAUGUGUGAAACAUAAUUUAAGAAGUAUAAUUUCACAAUAUUUUUACACCCCUGUCCGGUUUGUUUCAAACACUUUUUGCCACCAUGAUUGGUUCUCCAGACUUGGUGGCUUUCACUAAAGAAACAGAUUUCAGUGAAAUAGACCCAUCAGCUCUUCCAGAGGAACUGUCUGUACCCAUGUAUCCCUACACUGGGGACAUCACCCCAUGGUCCAGGAUGUCUGGUGCUAAUUUUAAGAAGGACUUUAUCCUUUUAUCAGAGUUUUCGGAGCAAGUUGGGCCCCAACCUUUGCUUACUGUUCCUUCUGAAACCAAGGCUUGUGGGACAUUUGAUUUGAACCACUUCUCCCUUCGAAUUAUGUCAGUGGACUAUCAGACCUCCCUCGCCAGCCCAGCAGGUUGUGGCUCUUUGAAACUGAACUUUGUAGAAGACUCAAAGGUAGUUUUAGGGGAUUCUAGAGAAGGAGUAUUUGCAUAUGUGCACCACCUUACGCUCUAUGACCUGGAGGCUCGUGGAUUUGUGCGACCUUUCUGCCUGGCCUAUGUGUCGUCUGAUGAGAAUAAAAUCAUACAACAAUUCCAGCAGCUUUCCACAGAGUUCUCCAGAGUCUCUGAAUGUCUGAAAACGGGGAACAGGAAGAACUUUGCGAAUGAACUGGAGAUAAAACUAAGAAAUCUGGAGUAUACAAGAGUCAUGUUACUUAGAGAGAUAGAGAGAGAGUUAAAUAAAGCAUCUGUAAAAUGCACCAAUGAAAGGGAAUGGAUGAUGAAUGGUAUACCUACAUUAGAUAGAAAUACAGAAGAUGUAAAACUCAAAGAGUGUGAAACUGAAAUAAAAUUUCAGAAAGACGGAUGUAGGAUUUCAGGGAAGGCAGAAGUAGAGUGUGAAAAUGAGAACAGGUCAUGUAUUACACAUGAGAAAGAUAAACGGUUUGGGGAUCGAAGGAAGGACAAGCAGGGUAAUAUAUCUUUCCCAAUGCCAUUGGCUAACAAAGAACAGGAGUUGGCCACUGUAGAAAAAUCAAUUCAGGAUUAUAAAAGCCUUUUAAAACAGGUCACUUGCUACCCAAUCAGGAAGCUAAGAAACUCUGAGUACUCUCCUUAUGAACCAGAUGACCUCCCUCACUCUCUGGAACUUGACCUGGAUGAUUUAAAGCACGAUCAGCUUGCUGGGCCAAUGAUAGAAAGCAGUGUUUUUACUUACACAAACACACCCUCGCAUUCUUCCCGAUUUGACAAGCGUCUGAAAACUCUUGAGGAAUUGUGUGACGACUACUUCCACCAACAGGCUCUACAGCAACUGUACUCCAUUGAGAGGACAUUCAGAGGAGAUAUUUGCCAUCUCUACACACAACAACUCUGCCGUAAUCUUCUCCGAAACCUUAAAUCUACCAAUUUCUUAUUUGAGGAUCCAUGUGACUUGGAAGGUGCUGGAUUACAGACUGGAAUAGCUGGUCAACAUUCAGUCCAACAACCCUCCUUUCUUCCUGCACCCUCAAUUCUAAGUGAACCUGUCAGUCUUGAGUCAUAUGCCUCCUGUGUUGAAAUGGUGCCAAUCAAACUAGAGUUGGGUGGAUCUAGCCAAUCUCCAGUUGUACCCAGCUCUGUAAAUACCCCUUCCGAGGAUAGCCUACCCUUGACAUCCGACACCGCCCCAGUAGAAGCUGAAAUGGAAAAUGAGGGAGCAGUUUCAGCUCUGGAUUGUCAAGAAAAUGUGGAAUAUGUUUCAGCUUUGAUGAAGACCAGUAUUAGUAGUGGAGACAGUAUUGAGGUCUUAGGGACGGAGAAGUCCUUCAGAUCGCAGGGUUCAAAUUUACCAAUGGAUACAGCAAUGCAAAGACCACCACCUUUGUCCACUACAGCUGCAUUGGAGUGUCUAAGGCAAGGGAGGGUACCUACCAGACGGACUUGCAGUGAAGACAGCAUUGAGGUGCUUAGCACGACAGAAUCCAUCCUACCAGAAGAACUGCGUGCCUCAUACCCUUGCGCAAUUGAUGAGGAAAGCCCAGAGCAAGAGAAUGAUGAGAAAGACGUGCAAGACAACAAAAAUGCUGAAUGUGUUCUGGAUGUGGGCAAUGUUCCUGGAGAUCAUGGAGGUGCCCGUUUGGUGGAGCCGCAAGGUUUUUAUCCUGCCGUCACCCUGACACCACCUGACUGUCCUAUUACUUUGACCCUGGGUGGGUCAAGCUCCCAAGAUGCUUGUCAUGCAACAGAAUCACUUCCUUUCUCAUUGUUAGAUGAGCCCUGUCGGACAGUACCUGAUGAUUUGUCAGACUGCUUCAGCUACCAGAGCACCACUGCCUCCACAACCUCUGAAUGCCCUUUCUCUGUUUGUCUUCCCGGGGAAAAAAGAGAAGGUGGGACCAGACGGAGGCGUGGCAGAGUAGGGCGGGCAGCAUUGCAGUUCUCGCGACAGUUUCCCUUUGCAGUUCACGCAGUGUUUAGCCUUCUAAGUGGCCGAACAUUGGUGGUCCUAGGCAGCGAGGAGGCUGCAGUGAGACGACUAGUUACAGCACUUUCUGUGUAUGUGCCACAUCUGAGUAGAUACAGAGACAGCAUUCAGCCUUGGACUUCAACGCCGCUGCAGCUUACUGACCUGCUCAACUGGAAACUUAUCGGCUUUAAUAGGAUGUGUGGUUUUACAAAUUUGCCUCACUGCCUGGGCCAUUAUAGCCGAUACCUCAGUGUUCUAGAUGUGGAUCAAAAGACACUGCGCUGCCCAACCUACAGUGGUACUCUAAUCAACCUGCUGGUGGAUCCAAGGAGCCACUUCAAACGUGGAAACACCUACUUCAUGUUUGCUCAAAGUGUGCAAAGCAAGCUUGUCACCAGAGCAUUACUUUUAACAUUUUUACAUGGUCACCAUACAGCAAGACCACCUUGGGAAAAUACAAGGACAGAAAGUUUUCUUUCUGAAUUUCACAAAGACGAUAAGAAAAUACUCAACUAUUUAUCUGAGCUCAUUAAACUUAACUUCAUGGAGAUUCCACCCAACAUCCUCCGAUUCAGCUACACCACAUCCUCCGUUUUCAAACUCUGAAACAAUCGUUCACAAAAACUAGUCAACGAUUUGGGCACUGUACAGUAGUUAUACUUGGCUUUGAUUGCAUUCAAACACAUCUAGUUGUUUUUGCCCGGCUAUAACAGUAUAAUCUGUACAUUUUCUGCAUGCUUUGAAAUUUUGUUUACAAAGGCAGUUGAAUAGAAUAUUUACGGUAAUAUUGUGCAAAGAUCCCUAAAAACCGUCAUAGGUCACAACCUUAAAUGAUCUGUAACAAAGCAAUAUUAAACAGCUUAUCAGUGUUGCAUUUGAAACUUUGUAAUUUAUUUAAAUUACAAAGAUUUGUAUAUGGUUCUGUUUCUGAAUAUAAUUGUGCUUUACAUGCUCCAGGUAUUAAUCACAGUACUGUAAUGUUGAAAAAUACUGGUCAUUUCCCAAAAAAGAAAAAACACUUGACAAUGGAAAAAAAUUACCACUACCACUUAUAACCUUUGAAAACGUUAAAGGCACUCUUUCUGUACAUUAAAACUGUACAGUUUGUUUAUCUUGAAGAGUCAAAUGUUAAUAUAUACAUAAUAAAGAUAGUUCUUAAUUUUUACAG